AAGUCCUGGAGCGUCGCUCCUCCUCAACUCCCUCUCUCUGUCUCUCUCUCUCUCGGGCCGCAGGGGAACCACCGUCCGCCGCCAUGUCCGACCGAGGAACCUUCGACACCAACGUGGUCACCGUGACCCGGUUCGUGAUGGAGGAGGGCAGGAGGGCGGGGGGCACCGGGGAGCUGACGACGCUGCUCAACUCCGUGUGCACGGCGGUGAAGGCCAUCUCCAGCGCCGUGCGUAAAGCCGGGCUCGCCCACCUCUACGGCAUCUCCGGCAGCACGAACGUGACCGGUGACCAGGUGAAGAAGCUGGACAUCCUGUCCAACGACCUGAUCAUCAACAUGAUCAAGUCGUCCUUCACCUCCUGCGUUCUGGUGUCCGAAGAGAACGACAAAGCCAUCAUCAUAGACCCGGAAACCAGGGGCAAAUACAUCGUGUGUUUCGAUCCCUUGGACGGCUCCUCCAACAUCGACUGUCUCGUCUCCAUCGGCACCAUCUUUGCCAUCUACAAAAAGGCGACGGACGACGAGCCGUGCGAGAAGGACGCCCUGCAGCCGGGCAGGGACCUGGUGGCGGCGGGCUACGCCCUCUACGGCAGCGCCACCAUGAUCGUGCUCUCCACCGGCCACGGAGUCAACGGCUUCAUGCUCGACCCGGCGAUCGGCGAGUUCAUCCUGGUGGACCGGGACGUGAAGAUCAAGAAGCGAGGCAAGAUCUACAGCUUGAACGAGGGCUACGCGAUGCACUUUGAGCCGGCCGUCACGGAGUACCUGCAGAAGAAGAAGUUCCCUCAGCAUUUCCAGGACGGCACCGAGCCUUACGGCGCCCGCUACAUCGGCUCCAUGGUGGCGGACGUUCACCGGACGCUGAUGUACGGAGGCAUCUUUUUAUACCCCGGGAAUGUGAAGAGCCCCAAGGGAAAGCUGCGGCUGCUGUACGAGUGCAACCCCAUGGCCUUCAUCAUCGAGCAGGCGGGCGGCAUGGCCUCCACCGGCUUCGAGAACAUCCUGGACAUCCAGCCGGAGAGCAUCCACCAGCGGGCCCCCGUGGCCCUGGGCUCCCCCGAGGACGUGCUGGAGUACAUCGCCAUCUGCCAGAAACACGCCAAGCAGUGAGACCGA